AUGAUCAUCCUCACUGGAACGACAGGAAAUCUGGGUAGCCGCGUAUUGAAGAGCAUACUGGCGCGAAAGUUGAUCCCUCCAUCUCAAUUGAUCAUUUCGACGUCCAACCCGGAUAAGGCACCUGAUUUCGUUAAAGAAUCGGGUGCUGAGAUUCGUAAAGGCGACUUUCUGAACCCAGCAUCUCUGGUAGAGACUUUUAGAGGUGGAGAAGUCCUCUUCCUCGUCUCGUUUCCGAGUCCCUCGGUGGAGCGGUGGGAGUAUCAUAGAGCUGCCAUUGACGCUGCCAAAGUCGUGGGAGUCAAGACGGUCAUAUACACGAGUUUGAUGUUUGGAGGCGAGACGGGGAUGAAGAGCGUGGCUGGCGUGCAGCAAGCUCACAUCAAGACGGUCGAUUAUCUCGUAAACUCUGGGCUCGACUAUAUCGUUAUCAGUGAGGGUAUAUAUGCAGAGAGCUGGUGGCUCUAUGCUGGGUUCCUCAAGUUUGACCGCAACGAUGCGAGCAAAGCGCCAAUCGAGUUUGUGAUGCCAGGUGACGGGGAGAUGGCAUGGGUGACCUGGGAUGACCUGGGAGAGGCGACUGCGACGAUUAUGGCAAACUAUGCAAGUCGAAAAGCCCCGCCUUUAUUCGAUGUUGACUGUACUAUCCGGCUGACUGGCUCACGAACGGCGACGAUGAAACAAGUUGCAACGCUCUUGGAAGAAAAGUCGGGACGCCCCGUCGAGGUGCGCAUUGUAAGCCCCGAGGAGGCGGCUCGAUACCACAAGGAGCGCAAAGUGGCAUCCCCAUUUUACAUUGACAGCUGGAGUGGUUGGUUUAGUGGUAUUAAAGGUGGUGAAUGCGCCGUGGUAGAUCCCACGCUGGAGAGGAUCCUAGGCAGGAAGCCUCGCGGGAUUGAAGAGAUGGCCGACCAGCUCUUUGGCAAAGCAUAA